AAUGCACAGAAAACGUUUAAAAACGAUGUUUCUAGCCAGUUAACUCCGCAUAUUGCCAAGAGCCAUCGGCUGUUUCCGCAGUUGAUUAUUCCCCUCAUCCGUGUUUUCAUAAACAUUAUUUAUUGAAUAAAAUACCAGUGAGAAAUGGAUGAAUUGACAAAGGAUCAGAUAGCACUACUCAAAAAGGCAUUUGAUGCCUUUGACCAAGCUAAGAAAGGGUGCAUUGGUACCGAUAUGGUGGGAACUAUUUUGGCUAUGCUUGGAUAUGAAUUGAGUGAAGAAACUUUAGCCGAGAUAAUCGCCGAGGUCGACGAAGAUGGCUCUGGUGAACUUGAAUUCGAAGAAUUCUGCACCCUGGCUGCCAGAUUUUUGGUGGAAGAAGAUACCGAAGCAAUGCAGCAAGAAUUGCGAGAGGCUUUCCGCCUUUACGACAAAGAAGGCAACGGUUACAUAACGACUGACGUAUUUCGCGAUAUAUUACACGAACUUGACGAUAAAUUAACAAAUGAAGAGUUGGACCUCAUGAUCGAAGAGAUCGACGCGGACGGCUCUGGGACUCUCGAUUUCGAUGAAUUCAUGGAAGUUAUGACAGGAGGCGAUGACUGAAUACCGGAAUUAUUCUCACAAUGCGGAAGUCAGAAAAUCCGUAAAAAAUGGUGAAAAAUAUCAGCAAGUGUAAGUGAAGUGUACCUUCGGUCAAUCAUAUGAACAAAUAAAUUUUAAAUUAAAAACUUUUCCAUUAUUUUCCAAAUUAUUUCAUGUUAUUGUUCAUCAUUUAUUUUUAUUGUUAUUGCUCAGUUAUUAUUAUAUGUGUAGCAUGAUUGGAUACAGCAGCAAAAAGACAAUGCACUGGUUAUUAUCCUAAUGAAUAAAAAAUUCCACCGUUUUA